AGGAGGCCAAGUGAGUCAAGUACUGUACUUCAUUAUUGGAGUCCAGGACAUGCAGGACCGGGACCGGGACCGGGGCCAGGCUCUUCUACCUUUCCUCCUCUUCCUACUACUCAAACAACAACGAUGACAACUACAGCAGAAGCAGAAGCAGAAGCAGAAGAGGCAGAAGAGACAGCAGCAACGGCAGCUACUUCACUAGCUAUACCGUGCAGUCUCAGCGUCAGCAGUCUCCGGCUGAUACGAGGUUUCCAAAAACUAGGGACUUUUAGUAUACCUGACGUUGAACCAGAUGCAAAAAUCAAAACCAAACCUCCGAAAAUAGUGGACGACGCGGAGGGAUUGCAUGCGUACCUUACGACACUUAUCUCUACCCAUCCCAACCCCACAAGGCCCACAAAACAUCCAACAAGUCAUCCAACACAAGAUCCCACAAGACACAUAACAAAACACACAAAGAACACAAAAGCGACAACAAACGACAGCAGUGAUGAACAAGAACCUUGGCAUCCAGCUUCGACUACAGCGGAAGACUACAUUGUAUCCUCCAUUUUGCAAAAUUUACAUCAUCUGAGCAGCGGCCGUGGUUCUUCAUCAUCCACAGGAAGCCUAUCGAUUCAGAUUCAGCUAUUUAGCAUUUCGGUGCUGGGUACAGCCCCCGACGCGCUUUUUAAUCACAGCGACGUCGGCGGCACCACCACCACCAACACCGCCACCAGCAGCGGCAGCAGCGGCGGCAGCCAAGUACUCGUCUGGAGGUGGGCAAAGCCGGAGAGCGCGUAUGACCGGAAGAGUGGAUUUUGGGAGACAAAAAUAGAUGACGCGAUUGAUGAUGGGGAGUGGUCGGGAGGAAGGGAACUAUACCUAUUAGUGCAAAGCGUGUCACGCGAGAGAAGGGAAGAGCUCAAGCAUGGUAGGGUUGUUAUCCAACUCGAGUAUUAGAGUAGCUGGAUAACAAGGGUUACAGUAGAGC